AUGUCCUGGAAAGAUUCAAACCGCCAUAAGCGCAUCCUGCGCGACGCCGAAGCCGGCCGCUACGGGGUCAUAGCCGCCAUCGCCUACAACAUCGAGCAAAUCAUAGGACUCAUCCGCGCCGCAGAGACAGCGCGCUCACCAUUAAUCAUUCAAUUCUUCCCAUGGGCUAUCGAAGCCACCGACGGCUUGUUGGUGCGGACUGCAGCCGAGGCCGCAAGACGCGCAACCGUCCCCAUCAGCAUCCACCUAGACCACGCCCAGUCAGAAUCUAUUAUCAAGCGUGCAGCAGAGCUUCCCUUUGAUAGUAUCAUGGUGGACAUGUCGCACUACGAGAAGGAGAUUAACCUGCAGAAGACGCGCGACCUGGUGACAUACUGUAAUGACCGCCAGAAAGCUACCGAGGCUGAGCCGGGGAGAAUUGAAGGAGGGGAGGACGGAGUUAUGGAUACUGCGGGACUGGAGGCUUGUAUGACGACUGCUGAUGAAGUGGAUGAGUUUCUCAAUACAGGUGUGGAUGUGCUUGCACCUGCGUUUGGCAAUGUGCAUGGUGAAUAUGGGCCGCGCGGGCCGCAGCUUGAUUUUAAUAGAUUUCAGAAUGUUCGCACCCAGGCGAACGGGAGAAUCAAUCUAGCUCUACACGGCACCAACGGGUUUGCCCCGGAGCUGAUGAAGUGCUGCGUGGCCGCUGGUGUCACCAGGAGCAACGUCAACCGGCUUGUGUUGGACGACUACUAUGACCAUCUCCGGGCAAGCGUUGACAAGAUGCCGCAUACUCAGCUGAUCGAGGAAGGUAUUCAGAAAGUGGCAGAUCUGACAGUGAAAUGGAUGGAGAUCGCUGGGUCUGCGGGUAAGGCAAAAAGACAGAACUGUAUAUAG